CGCCGUUUCAGCGACAGGGGAAGGGAGUUACGGAAGUAGUCGGGGGUCCCGGUGUGGGAAGUCCGGGCGCAGCCAGACGGAGCUACAUCGGGCAGCCAGGUAAUAAUUCAAGAUGCCAGGGCCUUCAAGUUCAGGUUCAACUGGUUUUAUAUCCUUCAGUGGUGUAGAAUCUGCACUCUCCUCCUUGAAAAACUUCCAGUCCUGCAUCAGCUCUGGAAUGGACACAGCUUCUAGUGUUGCUUUGGAUCUUGUGGAAACUCAGACUGAAGUGAGUAGUGAAUACAGUAUGGAUAAGGCAAUGGUUGAAUUUGCAAUGAUGGAUCGGGAACUAAACCAUUAUUUAAAGGCUGUUCAAUCUACAAUAAACCAUGUAAAAGCAGAACGUCCAGGAGAAAUACCCGAUCUAAAAUUAUUAGUGGAGAAGAAGUUUUUGGCUUUACAGAAUAAGAAUUCCGAUGCAGACUUUCAAAAUAAUGAGAAAUUUGCACAAUUUAAACAACAGCUGAAAGAACUGAAGAAGCAAUAUGGUCUUCAAGCAGAAAGAGAGGCUGAUGCCACAGAAGGAGUUGAUGAAGAUAUGAUUGUGACCCAAAGUCACACCAACUUCAUCUGCCCCAUUACACAGUUGGAAAUGAAGAAGCCAGUGAAAAAUAAAGUGUGUGGCCACACCUAUGAAGAGGAAGCCAUUGUUCGCAUGAUUGAGUCCAAGCACAAGCGGAAGAAAAAGGCCUGCUGCCCAAAAAUUGGCUGUAGCCACACGGACGUAAGAAUGUCUGAUCUCAUCCAGGACGAGGUGCUGAGGAGGGCGAUUGAGAGCCACAACAAGAAAAAACAUCGUCAGUCUGACUAGGAAGACCACCUGCCUGCAGGGAACUCCGCAGCCUACCUCCUACCCCAGCCAUCUGUAGAGAGCAAUGCUUGUCAAAGCACUUCGACUGGCUGCAUAGCAUACUUUGGGGUAAAAUUGAAGGUUUUAGUGUAUUUGAAAGCCUUUUUCUAUGUUACAGUAAACAUUCAAGCAUAUUAUAUUGUUUAUUUUUAAGU